AGCCGCUCCCCAGCUGGGAUCAGGUCUGUCUUCUUCGCCCUCAGCGAGUCGGAAACAAAGGAGGUGAAGGGGGCGCGCACUCUGCGGCUCCGCGAUUCGCCCUUUAUUCUGAACUCGCAACGUCAGCUGGCCGGCGGACGGAGCCGCGGGGCGCCGGCCGGGCCGGGGGAGAGGCCGCCGGGGCGCAGGGAUGGAGGGCGCCGAGGGGCGGGGAGCGGGCGGGCGUGUGUGCGAGGGUGAGGGAGGCCGGCCUCUAGUGUAACCGGAGCUACAAAGGAGGGGAGCGCCGGGGAGAGGGAGGGCGGAGCGGCGGCGGCGGCGGCGGGGGCUUCUCCGCCACCCUCCCCCUGGGCAGGCGCCCCUCCGAGCGGCCUCGGCGCCCGACGCGGGGCCGCCUCCGGCGCCUUCCCCAGCGCCCGCGCGCCCACCCGGAAUGAUGAAGAAGAACAAUUCCACCAAGAGGGGGCCUCAGGAUGGAAAUCACCAGUGCGCACCUCCUGAGAAGGUCGGCUGGGUCCGGAAAUUCUGCGGGAAAGGCAUUUUCAGGGAGAUUUGGAAAAACCGCUAUGUGGUGCUGAAAGGGGAUCAGCUCUACAUCUCUGAAAAGGAGGUAAAAGAUGAGAAAAAUAGCCAAGAGGUGUUUGACCUGAGUGACUAUGAGAAGUGUGAAGAGCUCCGGAAAUCUAAGAGCAGGAGCAAGAAAAAUCAUAGCAAGUUCACUCUUGCCUACUCCAAACAGCCUGGUAACACGGCUCCCAACCUCAUCUUCCUGGCAGUGAGUCCAGAAGAGAAGGAAUCAUGGAUCAGUGCUCUCAACUCCGCUAUCACUCGAGCCAAGAACCGCAUCUUGGAUGAGGUCACCGUUGAGGAAGACAGCUAUCUUGCCCACCCAACUCGAGACAGAGCAAAAAUCCAACACUCCCGCCGCCCCCCGACUCGGGGACACCUAAUGGCUGUGGCUUCAACCUCUACCUCGGAUGGGAUGCUGACCUUGGACCUGAUCCAGGAGGAAGACCCUUCCCCAGAGGAGCCAACCUCUUGUGCUGAGAACUUUCGGGUCGACCUGGACAAGUCUGUGGCUCAGCUGGCAGGCAGCCGGCAGAGGGCAGACUCAGACCGCAUCCCGCCCUCCUCAGACCGGGCAAGUGGCCUUCCCCCACCAUGGGAAAGACCAGACAAGGGGGCCACCUACACCCCUCAAGCACCCAAGAAGUUGACCCCCACAGAGAAAGGCCGCUGUGCCUCUUUGGAGGAGAUCCUUUCUCCGCGGGACACUGCCAUGGCCUGCACCCUCCUGCUGCGGACCCAGGAACCCCCAGCCCUCAUCCCACCUGCCCUGGGGCAGCUGUCCCGGAUCCAGGACCUGGUGGCAAGGAAACUGGAGAAGACUCAGGAGCUGCUGGCGGAGGUCCAGGGCCUGGGAGAUGGGAAGCGGAAGGCCAAGGACCCCCCUUGGUCUCCUCCUGAUUGUGAGUCAGAGCAGCUGCUGCAGGAGACAGAGCGGCUGCUGGGAGAAGCAUCGUCGAACUGGAGCCAGGCAAAGAGGGUACUGCAGGAGGUCAGGGAGCUGAGGGACCUGUACAGGCAGAUGGACCUGCAGAGCCCCGACGGCAACCUCAGUCGGACCCCCCAGCACAGCCAGUACCGGAAGAGCCUGAUGUGAAGGAAGGGGCUGGGGUCUGGAGCCUGGUGGGGUGCACAGACUCUUCAUCUCCCAAGUGUUGCAGGAUAAAGCUUUUUUAUUUACCUCAGUCAAAAAAAGAAAACAAAAACACAGUCAAACUUGUUGCUCUU